AACCCUAACUACAGUGAGCUCUCCAUUUCCUUUUAAAAAAAAAAAAACAUGAAAAACCCUCCUCCUCCUCCCCCUUCACUCUAAACCCAUAAAUUCUUCCAUAAAAAAAGAAGAAGAUGAGCUCCAUAACCACAAACCUUGCCUCUAAAACACUGAAAAGACGACUCCUCCCAUUCACACCGAAACCCAUCACCAUCAUCUCCCGCUCCUCCUCCUCCUCCUCCUCGGAAACCCAAACCCAGAAACUUGAACGCAUUGCUGACGUGCUUCUUGACCUAACAAAGAUCGAGAGGCACGACUAUGCCAUUCUCUUCAGACAUAAAAUGGGUCUUGGUCGUUAUGGCCCUGCUGUCUCUGGGGCCAUUUUAUCAGGCCCGGCUGCACCUGGAUCCGCCUCCGGGGAUGUGAAGACAGCUGCGGCGGCUGAGAAGACUGCCUUUGAUAUUAAGUUGGAGAAGUUUGAUGCAGCGGCCAAGAUCAAGGUUAUAAAGGAAGUUAGGACUUUUACUGAUUUGGGUUUGAAGGAAGCCAAGGACUUGGUGGAGAAAGUGCCUGUGGUUUUGAAGAAGGGUCUUACUAAAGAAGAGGCUGGUCCCAUUAUUGAAAAACUUAAAGCAUUGGGAGCUACUGUGGUACUUGAAUGAAUUUGUUUUCUUUCUUAUCUAUCAAAAUUAUUUUUGGUGAAUUGCGAUGUAGAAUAACGUAUUGUUCAACUUAAAUGAUCAUGGAGAAAUUUGGAGGACCUAGCAUGCCAUUUUGGUUA